AUGGCCGACAAGCAUUCAGCAAUCCUUGAGGAGAUCAAAAAGAACAUUGACUCUCUCCAUGCCAAGUUUGAAGCUCUUGAAAAAAAGGUUGAAGACAGCUUACCCAAGCAACAACUUCGUAUGGUCCUCAUGGGCCCUCCUGGUGCCGGUAAGGGAACGCAAGCUCCUGCCAUCAAGGAAAAGUUUUGUGUUUGUCAUUUGGCUACUGGCGAUAUGCUCAGAGCUGCUGUUGCUGCCAAAACUCCUCUUGGUUUAGCCGCCAAGAAGAUCAUGGAUGAUGGUGGACUCGUCUCUGAUGAAAUUGUUGUUGGUAUGAUUCAAGAAAACUUGGAUAACAAUCCUGAAUGUAAGAAUGGUUUCAUUCUCGAUGGUUUCCCUCGUACUGUCGUUCAAGCUGAAAAGUUGGAUGAAAUGCUUGAAGCCAGAAAGAAGCCUUUAAACUCUGUCGUUGAAUUAGUGAUUGACGAUAACCUUCUUGUCUCCCGUAUCACUGGUCGUUUGAUUCAUCCUACUUCCGGUAGAACUUAUCACACAGAAUUCAAUCCUCCCAAGGUUCCCAUGAAGGAUGAUGUUACAGGUGAGCCUCUUAUCCAUCGUUCCGAUGAUAACGUCGAGUCAUUAAAGAAGCGUUUGGAUGCUUUCCAUAAACAAACCGUUCCUGUUGUUGAAUAUUACAAAAAGAAGGGUAUCUGGUAUGGUGUUGAUGCUUCUCAAUCCCCCAAGGCUGUCUGGGCUUCUCUUGGUGCUAUCUUUGACAAGACUCUUUAG